AUGCCACAAGAGUCAGUCGGUGUUCAUCGACCUAGUGGAUUGUUUAUAAGUACACUUUUUUCAAUAAUAUCUAUAUCUACCACUCGUGGAGAGAAGUUAAGAGGUACAAGUGCUGAAUUGGUUGCUCAAACCCCCGGUGACAUUACCCUCGGUGGCUUGUUCCCUGUGCAUACCUCCGGAGUAACUAUGUGCAACGCCAUUAAUCCGGAACGUGGAAUCCAGCGGGUGGAAGCGAUGUUGUUCACGAUUGAUGAGAUUAACAACAACACCAGUCUUCUGCCUGGAUUACAGCUUGGCGCGGUGAUCCGAGACACUUGCUCGGCGAGUAACUAUGGACUAGAACAGGCGUUACGCUUCGUUCAGGGCAACGGCGAUACUUCUGGGACAGCAAACUCAUGUGGAGCUCCGGAGCAGUGGAAGAAUCUUAAGCAAGAAGCUGGAAAAGAUAGGCCGAUGGCACGUGGCGUAGUGGGCAGUUCGUACAGUUCAGUGUCAAUCCUUGUGGCAAAUCUUUUUCGGCUAUUCGCUCUCCCACAAAUUUCAUACGCAUCAACUAGCGCGGUGCUUAGCGAUAAGCGUACGUUCCCAUUGUUUGCGCGUACCGUACCUUCUGAUGUUGUACAAGCAAGGGCAAUGGCAACUUUGGUGUCCGCUCAUAAUUGGACAUACGUAUCCACCGUACGCAGUGCCGGUGACUACGGGGACUCUGGCAUGGAUGCUUUCUGGAGAGAAGCUGAUAAACUUGGUGUGUGCAUAGCAGCUCGUGAAAUUAUACGAAGUAACACGGGCACAAAGGACUUGGACGCGAUCGUUCGCGUGCUCAGGUAUGACUUUGCAAAAGCUAGGGUGGUCGUGCUAUUUACCGGAAUGGACCACACAAAGCUGCUUUUGGACGCUGUUCGACGAGCAGGAUUGGUAGAUCACUUUGUCUGGAUUGCCAGCGAUGGUUGGGGCCGUGAGAAUCUUCCGGUGUCGAACAACUCACGAGUAGCGAACGGGGCACUGACCAUUGAGAUCCAAGCUAAACCUGUACUUGCCUUUACGGAUCACUAUUUAAACCUAACCUACGAAAAUUCUCGAAAUCCAUGGUUCAGGGAGUACUGGGAGGAUCUGUUUGGUUGUAGCUUCGAUAAACUUAAUGAGAGUGGAACUAGAGGGGCCUCCGUUGUCAACAGUACUCAAACUCUUUUAAAACACACUCGACUUGCUUGUGAUCUCAACCCACGCCAACGGCUCCGUGAUCGUCUCGGAACGGACUUUAAACAGGAAGCCAAAAUUCAAUUUAUUUACGAUGCCGUAUAUGCAUUUGCACACGGACUGCACAAAUUGCAAGAGAAACUGUGCCCUGGAAAUCCUUAUCAUCCGAAUUGGAAUAAAAAUGUGUGUGUGGAGAAACUUCUGGCCUACCCUGGCACGGAUUUUUACCAGACUAUUUUGGGCACGUCUUUCACCGGUGCGUCUAACAUUGAUUUGUUUCGUUUAAACCUCAAUUUGUGA